GGUAGUUGGAAUUCUCGUUCAUUGGCACCUAUCCAUUAGGAUGGACAACAUUAUCGCAAAUAUAGAUGGGGACUUGGUAGAAUUCAUCUCAUUACUGGACAAAUUGGAUGAUUCCACACUCAUUCCCUCCCCGACGACUGAAGGAUACGAAAUCAAAUAUCGGAAGUUUUAUGGAUCAUUGGCUCUUAUACUCUACUCACUCAAAUUUGGUACAUUUAGUCGUAAAAUAUCAUGAAUUUCCAUACAGUACAGCUUAAAUUGAAUGGAGUUAAUCCUCAAACUCAUCUUAUUGCCAACGAGAUGGACCGAAUCAAGAGGUAUACUAUAGAGACCGCCGAUUUACAGAAUAAAGCUAACAGACUCAAAAUUGACAAGGAGGCUGUUGAGAGAAUCGUUAAGUCCAACGUAGGAAAAUAG